AUGGUUUCUAGCGCUGCUGACAGCGACAGCGACGACGCGCAGGAUGACGAUGAUCGGGAUCUCGAGGAGAUCCACAACCAGGCCCUGGCGCAACUCAUGUGGCCGGGGAGUCCUGUUCCACGCAGCUACCAAGUGGAGGCGUUCAGGCAAGUGUGCGAGAAGAACACGAUUGUGAGCAUGGACACUGGCCUGGGCAAAACACUCAUUGCGGUCAUGUGCAUCGAUUUCUACCUGAAGAGAAACCCUUCGAAGAAGGUGCUGAUGUGCGUGCCUACAGUCCAGCUAGCGAAGCAACAGGCUGCCUACAUCCAGAGUACAUCCACAGUUCCAGAGAUCAAAGUUGCGGACGUCACUGGAGGCACGAUUCCAGCUACACGGGAACGCUGGACGCAACUCCUUGACAUUCACCAGGUAGUGGUGGCCACCGGCCAGCUGGCGAAGCAGGCCAUUGCAGAAUGGUGCUACCUCUCCCUGGAGCAGCUAAGUCUCCUCAUCCUGGACGAAUGCCAUCAUGCUGUUGGCAGAGACCCCGUCGCAUCGCUUAUGCAGGAGCCGAAAGCAUGGAAGCAAAGCGGGGAGCUGCCCCGGGUGCUUGGCCUUACUGCAAGCUACCUGCAUGGAAGGAGUACCGAUUUUCAGGGCCGACGACAGCGUCUGGAGGCAACGUUGCGCAGCCAACUUUGGUGUGCCGACGACUUGCAGGCAGAUCUGCAGCGACACCGUUCCGAGCAGACCUUCGAGACGCUGAGCUACCGCGAGGGCAGCUCUGAAUUCCGAAGUCUGCGCCAGCGCUGCUGCGAGGAGUUGGAGGACUUGCUUCAGGCCUACACGCGGGAUGACUCAGGACCCCUCUGGGAGUGCAGACAAGACAUCGACAGGCUGAUCGAAAAAGCUGAGCGGGCUUUCAACCAGGCUGGCUUCUACGGCUGGCUUGCCUUUGUGAAGACGAAGAUCUUGCCGGCGGUGCAUGAGAGGUUCCGAGAGAAGGAGCAAGAUCGGUGGAGAGUCGCAGAGGCUGAGGCAGCUUGGGAUGCGCUGCGCCCGGCAAAUUCGGUAGCCGCCUCCGGCAAGUUGGAAAAACUGGUGGAGCUGCUGGAGGAGUUUCAAGGUGCAGAAAACGAUGCAAACCGGAUUCUGGUGUUCGUGGCCCAGGUGGAUGAUGCGUAUUCGCUUGCAGUGACCAUCAACCGCUAUCUCGACAAACCUGUCGCCAAGUAUCUGAGUGGCGUCAACUCUAUGACACCAGCAGAGCAGCAGAAGGCCCUAAAGGCUUUCUCGGAUGGCACCGACCCUGUGAUGGUCGCCACCCCGGCCCUCGAGGAAGGCAUUGACGUUCCCAGCUGCAACGUCGUCAUUCGUUAUGAUGCUUUCCACACGGCCAAGUCCCACAUCCAAGGGGCGGGCAGAGCUCGGAAGAAGGACGCGCGAAUCUUCUACUUCGAAAACAACUGGGAGGAAGAGGAAGCGGUGCGUGACCUCAUGAAGCAGGCAGCACAGCAGCCCUUCGAACCUCUUAAGGAGGAGGCUGCGCGAGACGCCAUGAAGCAAGCAGCACAGCGGCCGACUGAAUCACCCAAGGAUCUGUCCGAGCCCGAGCGGCUGCUUGCCAGGGAGCUGGCGGUGGAGGUCCUGCCUCGCGGAGUGUCCAAGUCCAAGGCCAGACGGCCACCUCGCGAUGCCCCUGCCGAGGAUUUUUCGGCUUCAGAGUCGACGUCACUGACAAUACCCCAUGCCAACGGUACUUCGGGGGCUCGGGUGGAUGUGGGUCACCCGGAGGCGUACCCAUUGAUCCUGCAAGAACUCCGCGGAUCAAUGCAGGUCGAUGCCUACAACUGCGUGGCCAUUCUUCAGGAGUUUGUGGAGCGCAGCGAUAAACCAGCUUUUCCGAUUUUUGCCAGAGAGGAGGGCAUUAUCGUCCGGUGCGCGGCACCUACGAAACCGGAGAUCGCAGUGACCGAGGAGGAGGUGGCCGAGUACUGGCGGCAGGUCUCCAACAACUCCGGAGAAAGUUCAAUCUUCGACUUCGUACACUGGCUGGAUCCUGACCGAUACCAGCGAUGGUCCUGGGAUGAAACGCAACAGCAUCGCUUUGCCAUGGUGGUGGUGUCCCGCCUGGCACAGGAUUCGCAGCUUGAGGGGCGAAAUCGGCCAUCCGAUUACGCACUCGGAAUGUGGCCGCCCGACAGUCAGGAGGAGAGGAAGGAUCCCUUCGACGAGAACGACCCCUGGAUGGACGCGAUCCAUACACGCAACGGCGACAAGGCUUGGAACAAAGACCCCUUCGACGAGAACGACCCCUGGAUGGACGCGAUCCAUGCCCGCGACGGCGACAAGGAUAGCACUACCGCCUCGCGCCGACAGUACUCGUGGCAGCAGCAAUCGGCCUCAGACUGGAAGGACGAGUCGAAUUGGUGGAGUAGUCGAGGAAGUCGCGAUCAUCGAUCCAGCAACACAGAGAGGGACCGUCAUUCCUGGUGGCAACGCCAGGGCGGCAGCAGCUGGUGGCAGCAGGACAAUUCCUAUGCUCAUUGGGAUGGUGAGAAGGGCGGAGAUAGCUGGAGUAGGUGGACGCAGUUUGAAAGCCCAGCCCCGAAGGCCACGGCUGGGCCGUGGCGUCCGAAAGAGGACGAAGAGUCGGCACGAGGAUCAGCAAGCCGCACGCCAGCGGAUCGAAAGCGGCGGGAGCCGGAAAAGGUCGCCGCAGACUCGUUACCGACGCCCGCCCCUGCCAAGCUAAGCGGCGGAAGCGGGAGCUCCGGUGGCACCAAGGACGCCAAGCCUGCGCGGGCAAUACUGAAUGAAUUCCUUAUGGCCUACGCCGGGCGUAACCUCAGCAAAGGCGGGCAAUAUGCGUGA